AUGUCCUUCUUCGCCAAGCUCCAAGACGACUCCGACUCCUCGUCCGAUGAGGAAUCCAUGUCCUCCGGCUCCGACAACGAGCAGAAGCCCCGCAAGAACAUGUUCCAGGGAAGCGACAGCGAAGAUGACAGCGAUGACAGCGAAGACGAGGACGAGGAGGAGAUGAGUGACAGCGACGAUGACAGGGCUGCUGCUGCCAACAAGUUCUUGAACGAUGCCGACUCUAGCGACGAAGACGACGAAGGAGAGGACAAGACUGUCGUGCUGAGUGCCAGGGACAAGCGAUUCGCCGAGAUGGACGCUGCCAUCCACAACAUCCAGAACCAGGUCAAGAACAACGACUGGGUCCUCGUCUCUUCCGAGCUCGACAAGCUCUUCCGAUUCAUCACCCGACACCAGCUCACCCUCGUCGCCUCCCCCAUCCCCGCUGCCGGCCACAUCCCUCCCCAGUUCCUCGAGACCCUCGUUACUCUUGAGACCGAUGUCGCCAAGAAGAUUGCUUCCGAGAAGAGCGCCAGCAAGAAGAUGCCCCCUGCUAAGGCCAAGGCUGUCAACGCUUUGAAGCAAACUUUGAAGAAGAAGACCAAGGAGUAUGAGACUGUUUUGGAGACCUACAACAAGGACCCCGCUGCGUACACCGAGGCCUACAACAAGGCCAACGCCGCUCCCGCGCCCGCCAAGGCUGCUAAGAAGACUCCUGCCGUCCAGGCUGCCGAGGAUGGAGAAGAGUUCAUGACCAUCGGCAAGGGUGGCAAGACCUUGAACCUCACCUCUGACGGUGUCUUCAAGACUCUCCGAGAGUUGUUUGAGGCUCGUGGCCGAAAGAACACUGACCGCGCCGAGACUGUCAAGAUCCUCACCAAGCUCCUCGAAGUUUCCGAAACCACCUACCAGAAGAUCCGUGUUCUUCUCGCCCUCGUCCCUGCCCGUCUCGACUACUCCCAGCACCUCGUGUCUGUCCCCCACGAGGCUUGGACCGCCGCUUUGCAAGAAUUUGACCAGCUUGUCAGCAUCUUGAUUGAGGAGCCCGACUACAUUGUGCAGGAGACCGUGACCGAGUACGAUGAUCUUGUUGAGAGGACCCCCGAGGUCAAGGAUGGCAAGAAGGAGAAGGUUGUUAUCGCCGGUAGCUUGAUCAGUCUUUUGGAGAGCUUGGACAACGAGUUCACCAAGACUCUUCAACACACUGACGCCCACGAGAAGGGUGACGACUACAUUGAGAGAUUGAAGGCCGAGGCUCCCCUUUACACCACCAUCGCCCGAACCCAAACCCUCUUUGAGCGUGACGACCUCACCGACAACCUCGCCCGAACCGUCAUCCGACGACUUGAGCACAUCUACGCCAAGCCCGAUGUGAUCAUCAGCCACUUUGAGGUCAAGCUCAACGAAGUCGCCGCCGGCCUCAAGUCCACCAUCACUCCUUUCGGUCAACAACAAGCUCCUCAGGAGGUGAUCCACGACCUUGCCGUCUUCAUCUACCAGUCCGAUGCCCCUGUCCUCCGUGCCCGAGCUAUCCUCUUCCACAUCUUCAACCAGGCUACCCACGGCCGAUUCCACCAGGCUCGAGACCUCCUCCUCAUGUCUCACCUCCAAGACACCAUUGCCCACGCCGAUGUCACCACCCAGAUCCUCUACAACCGUGCUGUCAUGCAGCUCGGUCUCUCCGCCUUCCGUCGGGGCUAUAUCCCUGAAUGUCAGGCCAUCUUGGCCGAGAUGUUUAGCACCAUGCGACAGAAGGAGUUGCUCGCCCAAAGCGUGCAGAGGUACAACGUCCAACUCUCCCCCGAGCAAGAGCUUUUGGAGAAGCGACGAUUGUUGCCUUUCCACAUGCACCUCAACGUCGAGCUCCUCGAGGCUGCUUACCUCACCUCUUGUAUGCUUGUUGAGAUCCCCUUACUGGCGAGCGUCGACACCGAAGAGCAGAGGAGGCGCGUGACCAGCAAGACCUUCAAGAGGUUGUUGGACAUGGCCGACAGACAAGCCUUCAUGGGUCCCCCCGAGAACACUCGAGACCACAUCAUCAAGGCCAGUCAGGCUUUGCAGGCCGGCGAAUGGGAGAAGGCUAGGGACUUGAUCACAUCUAUCAAGGUGUGGACAUUGCUCGACAAUGCUUCCGAGGUCAAGGACAUCCUUGCCAAGAAGAUCCAAGAAGAGGGUCUCCGAACCUCCCUGUUCACCUACUCUGCCUACUACGACUCUCUUUCCCUCGACCACCUCGCUGCCACCUACAACCUUUCCACUUCCCGAAUCACCUCCAUUAUCUCUCGGAUGAUCUACACCGACGAGCUGCCUGCGUCUCUGGACCAGACUGACGGCGUUGUGAUCUUCCACAGGGUCGAGCAGACUGAGGUGCAGAGGUUGGCCCAACAGCUCGCCGAGAAGACUUCUCAGAUGCUCGAGCAGAACGAGAAGACUCUUGACGUGAAGCUUGGUAACCAGGGACAAGGACCCGACAGGGACGCGAGGGCGGCUGGCGGUGAGGGAGGCAGGCAACAAGGCGGCGAGAGGAGAGGUGGUAGGGGAACAUAUAGGGGACGGGGCGGCCGGGGACGAGGAGGUUUCAACUCUGGAUUGGGAACAACAAAGAUAAGAGUUGAUGCACAGUAG